ACCUGACAAAACCACAGAGCAGUGCAGCAGUUAAACUGAACUCACACCAUCGCAGACCAGCCGCUGGACAACAGCCGAUAUAAAGCGUACGCAGUAAUAGUCCAGAUUGCACACAUCGAACACUCACUUCCUUUUUGCUUUCUUUCCAAACUUCACAUUGGCCUUGAUAAAGAUCUUCAUGAUACGUUAAAAAAGCAGAACAAUGAGGUACACGUUCAAACCGGACGAUUGCAUGGUCAUCACCAUCCCUCUAGCCAGCGUCAGGAACGCCAGAGAGGGACAGCUCAUGCCCGACAAAUUCACCUGCAGGUUCAAGGACUCCUACAAAGUGUAUCAGCGUGGUCGCCCCAAAGCCCUCGGGGUAGCUCAGAUCAUCACUGCAGUAUUUAUCCUGUGUUUGGGAGGACUCUUAAUCAACUUUUAUUACUAUGGUUUUCUUUAUAUGUUCAUGAUUCCCAGCAUCCUGUAUCUAGUGUCCGGUGCUCUGGCGAUCGCCGCUGCACACGCUCCCUUAAUGCCCUUGAUGAAGGCGUCGUUUGUCUUCAACAUCUUGGCCCUUUGCUUAGCAAUUAUCAUGACCUGUUUAACGUGUCUGAUGACUUUAGAACGUUACACAUAUGAGAUUCAUACAGGACUGGGCGUGGUAAUGGCUGUGAUGCACAUGUUCGAGUUUCUCCUCUCUGUGAUUCUGAUCCACUGGGAGAGUAAAGCUUUGUGCAGAACUCAUUUCAACAGCCUGCCCAUGAUCACACUGAAGCAGGACAUGUGAGCGGUGAGGGACUGAAACUGGACGACCCCUGCAUAAGACAACUGUUUAGUGACCUUUAGCCACAGAUGAGUGUAGUUACGAGGCUUUCACACUUAUUUUAACUUCUUUAUUCGAGGAUCUGCUUGUUGAUAAGCCGUGGUGUUUCAUUUUGCAGGUUUAACGUAAUAAACUGUAUGUAUAUGAAUUUAAGUGUAAAUUAUGAUCAAGAAAAUCUCUUCAAACUGCUUUAAACCUCGUAUCAUAAUAGUUUUAAUCUUUUUAUCCUGCUCUGUUUUUUAUGGCCUGAAGUAUUAAAGUGUAUGUUGAAGACA